CCGCAGACACCUGCGGUCCGAAAUGUUGCAAAUAUCUCAGCAUCAUUAAAAACAUAUAUUCCGCCUAAAUUUAAAAAGCUAAAUUAUUUUCUAAAUAAAACAGUUAAGAUCUCUACUUUCUAUUUUAAUUUUUCUUUCAAGUACUUCUACACGAACGUCAUUGUCCACUUUGAUUUGAAAGGCGCACCACCUAAAGCCGGAUAUUUUCUUCGACUCCUAGAACUCACCGCGAAAUCCGGAGCAACAGGAGUGCUGAUUGAAUGGGAAGAUAUGUUUCCAUGGAGCGGAGAAUUAGAGAUAGUUCGUAGUACAAAUGCCUACAAGGUUUCUGAAGUGCAAGGAAUUUUAAGAAAAGCCAGAAAUCUUGGACUGGAGGUGAUUCCACUGGUGCAAACAUUUGGACACAUGGAAUGGAUUUUAAAACACGAAAAAUUCAGAGCACUCCGCGAAAAUGACAACUAUCCACAGGUGAUUUGUAUUGGAAGCGAAAAUUCGGUGAAAUUAGUAAAAAAGAUCAUCAGCCAAGUCGUGAAUGUUCACAAACCAUUUGGCAUCAAACGGUUCCAUAUCGGAGCCGAUGAAGCAUUCCAGUUCGGCGUCUGCAACAAAUCGCAGAAAUUGGCUCGAAAAUUGGGGUCGAGUAGCCAGCUCGCCAUUGAAUACCUAGGAACGAUCGCUAACUAUGUGAAAAAUAUAACCAAUGGAGCAACGAUUCUUGCGUGGCACGACAUGGUGAAGCAAUUUAUAAAUAGUGGUGAAGUUCUGUCAAAGCUUGGAACACUGUUACAGCCUGUGAUCUGGGAUUAUUCUGAGAAACUUGAAACAAUGUCAAAGGAUUUUUUGGCAAUUGCCGACACCUUUCCAAAGAUGUGGGCUUCAUCCGCCUUUAAAGGCGCCAAUACUCCAAGUUCAAAAUAUAUGGACUAUGGACACUAUCAAAAGAAUAAUCUUCAGUGGAUCACUACUCAACGAUUGCUUCGUAAUCACUCUAGAUUGGCAUUUGAAGGCAUGAUAAUCACCGGAUGGUCAAGAUACGACCAUAUGGCAAGACUGUGUGAAAUUUUGCCUAUAGGAACCCCGUCAAUGGUGCUAAACACACAGAUCGCCCUCAUCGGUGCUCAUAAAACAUUAGGAACAUCUACAAUGACGGUAUGCUCACCUCUGAUUUGUCAUUAA